GAGAGGAAUCGCUCACCGCAAGGCAGGCUCGUGCUGCCAUGUCCCGCCUGUGAAAGCGUAACCGCCACCCGCAAACGCAAUGUCCCUGCUGUUUACCAGUUCCAAGUCAAUUGUUGCAGUGAAGAAGGAUAAAAGACACAUGGCUGAGGUAAACGCUUCUCCGCUUAAACACUUUGUCACUGCAAAGAAGAAAAUCAAUGGUAUCUUUGAACAGUUGGCUGCAUACAUCAAUGAGAGCUCCUCAUUCCUGGAAGAAACACACAGGAAUGUGGAGCUUGACCCUGUCACCACGGAAGAGCAGGUACUGGAAGUCAAAGGUUACCUUUCAAAAGUCAGUGGCAUUAGCGAAGUGCUGGCAAGGCGACACAUGAAAGUGGCUUUUUUUGGAAGGACAAGCAAUGGAAAAAGCACUGUGAUAAAUGCCAUGCUUUGGGACAAAGUCCUCCCUUCAGGGAUUGGGCAUACCACCAAUUGCUUCCUGCGCGUAGAAGGAACAGACGGGCAUGAAGCUUUCCUGCUUACUGAAGGCUCAGAGGAGAAGAAAAGUGUUAAGACCGUAAACCAGUUGGCCCACGCUCUUCAUCAAGAUGAACUUCUGGAUGCUGGCAGUUUAGUCAGCGUUAUGUGGCCCAAUUCCAAAUGUCCACUCUUAAAGGAUGACCUAGUGCUGAUGGACAGCCCUGGCAUUGAUGUAACCACUGAGCUGGACAGUUGGAUUGACAAGUUCUGUCUGGAUGCUGAUGUGUUUGUCCUGGUGGCAAAUUCUGAAUCUACAUUGAUGCAGACCGAGAAACAGUUCUUCCACAAGGUGAAUGAACGUUUGUCUCGACCCAAUAUAUUUAUCUUAAAUAACCGCUGGGAUGCAUCUGCUUCUGAACCAGAAUACAUGGAAGAGGUGCGUCGGCAGCACAUGGAGCGGUGCACCAGCUUCUUGGUGGAUGAACUGGGUGUGGUGGAUCGAGCCCAGGCAGGGGAUCGAAUUUUCUUUGUGUCAGCAAAGGAAGUGCUGAACGCGAGGAUUCAGAGGGCUCAAGGGAUGCCAGAAGGAGGUGGAGCAUUGGCAGAUGGAUUUCAAGUGAGAAUGUUUGAGUUUCAGAACUUUGAAAGAAGAUUUGAGGAAUGUAUCUCGCAGUCCGCAGUAAAAACAAAAUUUGAGCAGCAUACAGUGAGAGCAAAGCAGAUUGCUGAAGAUGUUCGUCUUAUCAUGGAUUCUGUGCAUGUUGCCGCCCAGGAACAGCGAGUUUACUGUCUGGAUAUGCGAGAGGAGCGGCAGGAACGUUUAGGUUUUAUUGAUAAACAGCUGGAGCUCCUUACUCAAGACUAUAAGCGGAAGAUAAAACAGAUCACAGAAGAAGUGGAGAGACAGGUAUCAAAUGCAAUGGCUGAAGAAAUUAGACGGCUUUCAGUGUUGGUAGAUGAAUACCAAGCAGAUUUCCAUCCAUCUCAAGUUGUUCUUAAAGUUUACAAGAAUGAGCUACAUAAGCACAUUGAGGAAGGUCUGGGCCGCAACAUGUCAGACCGUUGCUCCAAUGCUAUCACAGCUUCCCUGCAGACAAUGCAGCAAGAAAUGAUAGAUGGUUUAAAACCCCUUCUCCCAGUGUCUUUGCGGGGACAGAUAGAUAUGUUAAUUCCCCGACAGUGCUUCACACUCAGCUAUGAUCUGAACUGUGACAAGCUUUGUGCUGACUUCCAAGAGGACAUAGAAUUCCAUUUCUCUCUUGGAUGGACAAUGCUGGUGAAUAGAUUUUUGGGACCAAAGAAUGGUCGUCGAGCCUUGAUGGGCUAUAAUGACCAGAUUCAACGCCCUUUGACACCAGCAAAUCCCAGUCUGCCUCCUUUGCCUCAGGGUUCUAUGACCCAGGAAGAGCUCAUGGUGUCUAUGGUGACCGGAUUGGCCUCAUUAACUUCCCGAACUUCCAUGGGGAUCCUCGUGGUUGGUGGUGUGGUCUGGAAGGCUGUGGGUUGGAGACUGAUUGCUCUUUCUUUGGGUCUUUAUGGGCUCCUUUAUGUAUAUGAACGUCUCACUUGGACCACAAAAGCAAAGGAGCGAGCUUUCAAACGCCAGUUUGUAGAGUACGCUGGUGAGAAACUACAGCUCAUCGUCAGUUAUACAGGUUCCAAUUGCAGCCACCAAGUCCAACAAGAGCUUGCUGGAACAUUUGCUCACUUGUGUCAGCAAGUGGAUGUCACGCGGGAGAAUCUUGAGCAGGAGAUUUCUGCCAUGAAUAAAAAAAUUGAAGUUUUGGAUUCACUGCAAAGCAAAGCCAAAUUGCUCAGGAAUAAAGCAGGUUGGCUGGAUAGUGAACUCAACAUGUUCACACAUCAAUACCUGCAGCAAAGCAGAUAGUGUGAGAAGAAAAGAAAAUCAGCAGUUUCCCCUCAGUGCUCUCUUAAUUACUGCAGAGAACAUGGUGGGUGAUGGAAUCUCCAAAGGGAUGAGCAAAAGCUAUUUGCUACGUUUCCAGUCAUUGUGUGGACAGUAGGAUUCUGCUUUCCCGUUUCAUGUCCCACCUCUAAACACUAGCUGUUUGUAACUUAUUUUUCCUGCUUGGGAGGCUGGGCCACUUCAGAAGAAAUGUCUGCCUCAUACGUUAACAGGGGGCUUUUUAAAGCAAAAUGAAAUUUGGUAACAAUUUGGUCAAUUUAAAGUAGCAAACAUUCAUCACAUUAAGCCAUUCUAACACAUCUUUCAUUUUGGAUUCAGCCGUUUUACUACAUGCAGAUAGAACUUCUGCAUUCAAAGCCCUACGUUCAUGCAUGUGUGGUAAGCAGCUAUUUGUCUAAACACUGAUUUCUUGUGACACACAGGUAUAAAGAUGGUUUCACGGUACUUUUAAAGUCCAUGACAGCGUAUUUCCUAGGUUAACCUUCAGCUACUACAAAAUAAGACAAACAACUGCACCUUAUCACUUUAUAGAAAAGUUUGUUGCUGUCAGUAUGUGACAUCAUCAUGUGACAUCAUAUAGCAUCAAAACUGAACAAAACCAGUUACCUCUCCAAGAGGGAAUAAGAUUUUGCUUUAGUAAACUCACUAUAUUUGGAGUUGGUUUCUUCUUCAGAGCUCUCGAGUUCAACAAAGCAACCUGGCCUGUUCGUGUCAUCAACAAAUAAUGUGGGCCAUAAAGUAGGUAGUAUUCAUUUUGAUGUCCUGAUAAUUUGGCAGCUUAUUGAGGAAGAAAAGCAGGACUGAAAAGGAAAGCCAGCUGACAGAAUGCAGAUAAUUGCCUUAUGAGAUAAAUUGAUGAAUGCAUUUUCUUGGAAAUGCACAGCUAUGUUUCUGGAAGCAGGACUUUGGAAUUCCAUUACCGCUACUUGACCACAAGGACAGCAUGUGGAUAACAAACUGUAAGAGAUUUUGCUUUGUGUAGAGUUUCCAUAGGAUAGAAUAGUCAAUGCAGUAAUAUGAUUAAUAUGAAUUUUUGUUUUUUUUAUUCAAUGCACUCUACUGGCAGACAGGUCAAACUGAUCUUUGGGUUUUCCCCUGUGCAGUUUUUGAGUCUAAGAUUUAUGAAUUGCAAGGACUCAAAUCUCUUCGUAUUGUAAUUGAGGAAGAAGAAAUUCCUACUGAUUUCAGUAGCACUAUGAUCAGGUUCCCAUGUUGCAAAAUGUUUUUUCCAUUUAGUACAUCAAUAUUAUACUACAUAUUUUAGAUUGAGCUUUCUGUUCUCCCACCCUCAAUCUCUACGGAAUCCAAAAUCAGGACCUACAGUUUUGGCGUUAAUGUGAACAUAAAUCUGUCCAGCAUUGAAUAUAUUAGAAAAUAUGGAUUGUCUGUGAGCAGGUCCCAGCUGCGAGUUCAGAAUCACAGAAAGUUGUUUUUGUUUAAUUUUUAGUCCUGUUGACGAGAUUUUUUUACUUUCCAAUGGCCUUGGGAUUUCUCAUUCAUGGUCAGAUGCAAAUAAAUGUGCCUGUGACAAAUCCGCUGCUUCAAAUGAAGUUCCUGGAAGAAGCAGCAGUCUUGAUACUUGAGGCAAAAUACUGAUGUGGCCCUAAAUACUUGAAGUUGUUUUAACCUUUGCAGCAAGAUCGGAGGUGUCUUGGAUGAAUUAGAAGCUGUGGGGAAGGUUGAGACUGUUAUGUCCCUGGUAUGCAGGAAGCAAACAACUGAGCAUUAGAACAGAGGAGUGAAUUCCACAGAGCUCGGGUGUUUCAUAAGUCCUUCCAGGGGACAGCUUUGAAUCCAACCCAAAUUAAAUAUCCAUUUUCAACUGAGGUCUCUUUAUUGUCUAUAGUCAAUCUCCUCGGGCAGUCAAGAUCUGUGAAUGGGGAGGGAGUAAACUUGUCUUUGCCUCUGGAAGCAGGUUUGUGAUGAAGCAUAUCAGAAUAAGUUGAAUUACCUGCUGUUUCUGUCCUGUAGGUAUUAUGAGAAUAAAUUCAGAACUUGAAUCUCCCAGGCUCUCUUCAGCCUCUAUAAUAAACUCUGUACCAUGCAGUUGAGUUAAAACACUAAGCACAUCCCUGAUACAAGAGGGAAUUUGUUGAUUCCGUUAAUCAACAGCUGUAGAAGGGAGCUGACCAGACUUCUGAAGGUUUGUGCUGCUGCCCUCUUUUUAACAGGCCUAAAGGGGAAACCCAAGGAAUGAUCUGCACUUUAGAGCUGGUGCUUCAUCUGUAAAGUGGAAGAGAUUGACAGAUUCUUAGAAACUGGUGUCUUGCUGUUGUGUAUGUUUCUGGUACAGCUCAGAUUUUGGUGAGGUAGACUUUCUUGCUGGACCAUUGAAGCACAACCUCUACAAGGCAGGAACAACCACUUAAAUUUUUUUAAGACACAAAACUACUAGCAGGGGCCGGGAACUUUUUGAGUAUAUGUGUGACCCUUGUCACUAGAAACCGAGUGACUGAGAAUCAGAGUUUAACAGAAUUGACCAUGAGUUGCAUUCCUCUUUAAAAAAAGAAAAAUAAAAAAGACUGUGCUGCUUUAAUUCAGUUUGGGGGAGGAAUAAAUGCUCUCAGCAAGGAGGUUUUUAUCUUCUGCUUUCCCUAGGUAAUGAUAAAUAAACCUUAAAAUUACUUGUUCUAAGAGCAAGCUCCCCAAACUUCUUAUUAAA